GUUACACUGGACACGACAAAAAAAAAAUUGCUUAAGAAACUCAAACCAAACCAAAGAAUUCGCAUGUGUAAUGUGUAAUAAGCAGUAAACAAUCAGCUAUAGAAAGGCGGCAAGGCCCCCCAGUUUGUGCAACAGCUUGUGUCGAGGAUCAAGUGGAUUGUCCGGUUCCGUAGUGUUGGUGAGUCCGCGAUAAGGGAACAGAGCAUUCGAGAUUACUGCGUAUUAAGUUACACUUACACAUUCUGAUUUCCUGCUCAGAAAGAACAACAACUGCGCCACAACAACAACAGCAACAACAAAGACAAUGGCAACGGCGCGAAAUGCUGCUGAGCCAGCGGAACUGGCGCUCUUUCUAAACAACGAGCUGAGCUUUAGCAAGGCAAACGACAAUGACAACGGCACCGACAAUGACAACGGCAACGGCAAAAACAGCAUGGCCACAAAUACUCCAAGGAAAUUCGUUGCCCCAGCCGCAAGCAGCAGCUUCAAUAUGUAUCGCAGCAGCGCCAACAACAAGGACAAACAGUUUAAUGCCAUUUGCAUGAAGGCCCAAGCUGGCCAAAGAGUGAUGAUCAUCAUGCGCGGGCCACCGGGCAGCGGCAAGUCCACAUUGGCCGAAUCUCUGCUACGCCAAUGCCGUCUACUAGAGCACAACGAUAUGCUGGACUUUGUCUAUAGCACUGAUGAUUUCUUCAAGUCCAGGCGCGGCUACGAGUUUAAUCCAACUCAGCUGCCGACCGCCCACGAAUGGAACAAGGAGAGGGUACGCCAGAAGGCCUCUCUGGGCUGGAGUCCGAUCAUAGUCGACAACACCAACAUAAUGGUGUGGGAAAUGCAGCCCUAUGUCCAGAUUGCCGUACAGCAUGGCUACGUACUGGAGCUGUUGGAGCCGCAAACAGGCUGGUCCAAGUCGGCCAGCAAACUGGCGCAAAAGAACAUCCAUCAGGUGCCCAGGGAGAACAUUCAGCGCAUGCUGGAGCGCUAUGAGAAGACCAGUGUGCCGGAACUUAUCAAGUUGAUGAAGGAAACGAAGUAUACAGUAAAGCUGCCACAGCUACGCCUAUUCCCGCCACUGCCGGCGGUGCCCACCCCAGCCUCACUGCCGGAGAACGACAAUCCCGAUGGGCUAUCCCCAAACGGUUUCAAGCUAAAUAUUAAUGCCCGAACUUGGGUGCCCUACGAGCAGGGGUGCCCCGCCUACUGGUCGCGGUCGGGCACUGAGCAGGCCACAGCAUCCUCCACAAUAGAUGCAGCCGCCGUUGGGACUGGCUCGUACGAGAAAUCACUUAUAGAGCUGCUACGCGAUGAGCCGGCCGAAAAGGCCCCACCGCCGGCUGGCUCCAGUGAACCAAAAAAAACUUUUGAGCGCCACUGCCUGAACUGUCCCAACGAGCCCUAUAAUUUCGUUUUACUGCGUCAAAUGUACCCGAACAAGCUGCUGACGGGGCUCUGGGAUCUCUAUGUGAAGUGCAAAACGAAUGUGGACUGGGCCGUGGACAUACUGAUCAAGGAGGAUGAGCUGAAUGCCGGCUCGGGGUCGGACUUUGACGCGUCCAUGCUGCCAGAGGAGUCGGCACAGUUUCAAUGCGAUUGUGGGAGAGCUGAGAAAAAUGAGGUGGCUCCUACGCCGCCCCGUACACCAUCGCCAACGGGAUUGGUGGCCAAGCCGAUGCCCAAGGCCCAACGCCAGAGCCGUAACAAACGCAUCUUGGCGCCGCCCAACAAGGAGCUCCAGAUGCAAGUUGAGAACUGCUUUGUAAUAGGUGAUGAGCAAUACUCGGAGCACACCCGAAAGAUACGCGACAUUCGCAAUGGCAUACUCGAUCAGCCGCUGGUUGUUCCGCACUCGGAAGUCGUGGAAGCGGCGGAGGACGAGGAGGAUCCCGAAGACAAUAAUCUGGAGGAAAUGGACCUGGGGUCCACUUUGGUCAAGCAACUGCGCACUCUAUUCCAUACGGACGGUGAGAUGAUGCCGCCAGAUGAGGAAUUGCCCGCCACGAAGGUAUUUGUGCCACGGCAACUGCUAAAGCAGCUGUACAUGCUGUGGCUGGAGGGCGUCUACAACCAGCUGGAGGAGCAGCGUCAGAACACGCUGCGCGACGAUGAGCAAUUUGCCCGCCUGCUGAAGCAUCCCGAAUACGCCGAGUGCAGCGAGUCGCCUAGCAACGUGAAUGAGCUGCUCGACAUGGAGCUGGCGUGGAGCAUUUACAACAGCGAGCAACAGGCCGCCAAGCAGGCGUCAGAGAUGGCCGCCCGUCAGCAGCCAAACGACAUUGCCACCCAUUUGACCAAGAUGAAGCUGUGCGAGAAGUUCCCGAAUAUACCCAACGACACGGUGCUCGAGAUAUUCUCGGCCACUGGCAGCAACUAUGGCAAGACCGUGGAGGUGCUCGACAGCAAUGUCCAGAGCUCUCUCAACGAGGCGGAGCUUUACGAUAAGGCACUGCGCGAGAGCGAGAAGGUGGCUCUGCAGGAGCAACAGCAACAUCAAAAGUCACAGCAAACCAUCAAAGUCAGCGAGAAUGCUGCAAGCCAAGGCCAGCGUUGCGGAUCGUCAGCGUCGACGAGCAGUCGCUCGCCGCAGUUGCACGAGGAGGCAAAGAGCGCCGCUCUGCGUGACUUCGAGGAGACCCGCAAUCUGGCCGCCCAUCAUGCCCAGCUAAAGGCCGAAUGCUAUCUGAAGGCCAACCAGGCCGUGCAGAAGGGCAACGGCAACGUGGCCCUGUACUACUCCCAGAUAGCCAAUCUGCAUAAGACAAAGAUCGAUGUGUUCAACCAUCGGGCGGCCACCUGCAUCAUGGAGGUGCACAAGCACACCCAGAACAAUCCCGAUCUGCUGGACCUGCACUAUCUGCACACUGUGGAGGCCAUCAGCUGUCUGGAUCUCUUCCUCGAUCGCCACAUUACCAGGCUGCGCAAGAGCACGCGUGUGUACAAGCAUGUGUUCAUCAUCACAGGACGGGGACUGCACAGCGCCAAUGGAGUGUCCACCAUCAAGAACAAGGUCAAGUCCAGACUGGGCGAACGACGUUUACGCUGGCAGGAGGUGAAUCCGGGACUGUUGCGCGUGAAGGUGUUUUCUGCAUCGCGACACUCGGAUAACUUUUGAUCAGCAGCCAUCAACGGUGCAGGUCGGAAGAGAAGCAGCAGCGGCCACUAAUCGGUUUCCGUAAUUACUCUUUGUAUUGAUUCUUACCAAAUUCAUAGUUGGCCCAUUUUGCUGGCAGUGUUUUUAUUAUUUCCCUAUUUUAAUCAUAUUCCUCAUGCCAUGCAAGAGACAUUCCUCCCAAAUAACGUAUAUAUAUUCCUACUAUCAACGUUUUGUGUGACACACGCGAAUCGCGGGCUAAUUGAAGUCGGUAAACAGGUGCUAUAGCCUCGCCAUAGCCAAAACCCAAACUCAAGUAUCUAUCAAAGAUAUAUUUUUGUACUACUGCACAAGUUAUUAUACUAUUAGAACAAGUAAGAGUCUAGUUUUAAAGUAGUCCUAAUCCCAAAAAUUACAAUUAAACAUAUUUUUCUAUUGCCAAGCAAUUUUUUCCAGAA